GUACGGUCCACUUAUUCUUGCCCUGACACACCACUCAGAGCAUCAAAUUCCUCCCCCACAUCACACUGCAAGUUAUCCUCUGCUGGGGAUUCUAACAGGAAGUGGCAGUCAGAAGAAUCCACCUCCCCGCAAACAGUGCCCUGUCCACCUUCUUCUGCUGCACGGGUUCGACCGUUACUCAGGCAACGGCGUCACAGACUCAUUCGCCUAGAAGAUUGUGCAGCAUUGGGGUCAAAGCCGGUUUCGUUACAGUGUUGGUGUGAACCCCAAACUGUGUGUGUGUUAUGUGGUGGUGCUCCUCCUCGCUCCCCAUCAGACAAGGAGAAGGGUCUGUGGAUGCAUCAGACUUUGCUCGAUAUGUCCGUUCACCCUGUCCUCUCAUUGCCAUCUGAUUCACCCCUCACACUGCAUUGUGGGAUACGCCCGCUGGCCGGGCACCAUUCUCAUAAUUCACUGCAGUGGACAGACAUGUCAUCAGCGUCCUCUUGGCUGGGGAGGCGGGGCCAGGGACGAGUUGGGAGAGUGAGGCGGCGACUAGUUUGUCCCCGUCCGCCUAAUGCACUGCCUCCUUUAUUUAACACACCUGGUGGUUCCGGGUGCAGAAGCCAGCGAGGUGUUAUUAUUCCAAACUAUCUUCAUCCACGAGCUCCAGAAUUGCCAAUCUUGCCGGCAACACCCCAAGCGACAGACACACCUGCUCAGCCUUUGCGAAGGAGAAGAGCGGAAAGCUCGUUUGACAUCGACAACCUGGUAAUGCCUUUGGGCCUGGCUGGACUAGGAGCACGAGUACAGAAAUUGCAAUACAAGGAAAUUAUCACCCCAAGGUACAGAUAA